AUGUUUCAAACAUUUAAACCAGUGACAAUAUCCUCGUCAACACAGGGAGUAAAAAAUCAUUUAAUUGAAAAAUCUAGUACGAACAGCAGUGACAACACCAAUAACAACACAAUUGAUGAUUCAACUAGUAGUAGGAAUGAAUACACUGAUGGCAACAACAACUGUGACAACCAUAACAAUCAUAAUAAUAAUAAUAAUAAUAAUAAUAAUAAUAAUAAUAAUAAUAAUAAUAAUAAUAAUAAUAAUAAUAAUGAUGAUGAUGAUGGUCAUGAUGAAGAAAUGCGUAUAUGGUUACAGAAAGUCAUAAAUAUUUCCAAGAACGAUCCAAAUUGGAUGGACAUGACACCAGAUUCCGUUAUAGCAACUGUGUUUGCCGCAAAAUAUCUAGUCCAAUCAUUAACAAAAGAAUCUUCAUUGAUAGCCUCAUACAGACAAAGCCCAUCACCCACAUUAUUAGAGGAAAAUGGUGUAGUACAGAAACUGGAAGAUAAACAAGGUCAACUUUUGUUACAAUUGAACUACAAUGAUAUAGCCGAUUGUAUCUCCAUAAAAGAUCAGUUCAGUUUCUUAUCUGAUAUGAUACCAAGAACCAAAAGCUUGAGAGAAUUGGUUGCAAAAAAUAAGAUUAGAUACACAACGUUUAUUACUCCAGAAGAAACUAACCAAGCUAAUGUCAUGCAAAUAGAUCUAAACAAUAGCAAUGAUAAUGAUGAUACUGAAGAUGAAAAUGAUGAGUAA